AACCUGCUACUGGUUUCCCAUCCAGACAGACAGACGGUCCCUCCGCAGAAACGGCAGCAGGGAAAACAAACUCCCCCCCUCCGUUGAGAGAAAAGGCGAGAGAGUGAAAGAGAGAGAGAGACACCCAGCAGCAGCAACUGUUGUAGAAGUGAAUUCGGCGCAAUGUCAAAUACGAAAUGUUAUCGUUUGGUUUGAACAGAUAACAAGAAGGAGCAGGCUGUUGAAAGUGGGUGAACUGGAGCAGCUGGGGACGUUUACUGAAGCUUUCUGAACCGCACGUGGAAAGCGUCGUUGACACACAUCGAGUGGAUCUCAUCCUUUCCACCUUAUCCCCUCGCCCUCUGCUCACUCCUGCAAGCCCUAGAGAUGAGUGCCAAAUCCGCUAUCAACAAAGAGGUCUUCACGCCCCAUGACGAGAAGAUGCUCGCGGCUGUGCAGGUGAAGCGGAGGACCAAGAAGAAGAUUCCCUUCCUGGCCACCGGUGGUCAGGGAGACUACAUGACCUUCAUCUGCCUAUCAGUGACAAACAAGAAGCCCUCCCAUGUAUCCAUCACGAAGGUGAAGCAGUUCCAGGGCUCUUCAGCCUUCGUAAAGAGGUCACAGUGGACGAUUGACCAGCUACGGCAGGUCAAUGGCAUCGACCCCAACAGAGACUGUCCAGAGUUUGACCUGAUGUUUGACAAUGCCUUUGACCAGUGGGUUGCUGGUUCAGCAGGAGAGAAGUGCACCUUUGUCCAGAUCCUCCACCACACCUGCCAGCGCUACAGCUCACCCCGGAAACCAGAAUUUGUCAACUGUCAGUCCAAACUGCUGGGGGAAGACCAACCUGUAGAUUCAGUUGUUAACCGUUGCAGGGUCUUUUUGAACAGAGUGAGGAAACAGUUGGUUGCACACCUUGGUCAUCUCCUAAGACAAGGUAACAGUAUACUACACUCGGCAGCAGACAGUGUGACAAGUGCUGUACAGAAGGCCAGCCAGGCCUUGAAUGAGCGUGGCGAGCGAUUAGGUCGGGCCGAGGAGAGAACUGCAGACAUGAUGAACAGUGCUGAGCAGUUCGCUGUCACUGCACACAAGCUCGCCAUGAAGCACAAGUGUUAGACCGUUGACAAACCAACCAUGCGGGGGGUCGCCAGUCGCCAGUGGCUGUACAGGAGAUGGAUUCCAGAUUUUAUUCUUUUUAAAAAAAAUUUAAUAUGAGUACUAUUUGUUAACAAUGUUAACAUUUUAAUUGUUUUGGGUUAUUUUAUUCCGGUGCAUCUUGUUCCUAACAAUGAUACGGCAUGGCGAGCAGAGGGGAGGAAGAGAGGGAGAGGAACUACUUAGGACUUUUGAUGGUAUGUUUCAUCGCUAUAACUCUUUCUCAAAUCUGUUUGCCAAACAGUACUUACUUUCCAUAGCGAGCCACAGCAGUGACUGUAUUUGAUAUACAUGUACACUCAGUUCUCUUCCCUGUCUUUCACGUGCCCAAGCACUUACAGUAUUUGCAUGCACAGAUGCUGACAUGUCAUCAUCAGCUAGACCUGAUGACAAGGAGCAUCUCUUAUCACAGUUUAUCAACUGGGUAUUUAUGAGUACUGUGAUGGUUAUGCAGGAUGAUUAGUGAGUAACAAACCCUUUUAUGGCUGUCCCAGAUGUAACUGAGAAAUGAUGGCAGCGUUCCCAGUGUGAUGCGAUGAGCGCAGGCUGUCAUUACUCAAACCUACCUGAAAAUAGCCCUAAUAUCUAAACUCUGGCUUUAUUGCCAGAGAAAUGUUUUGGAAACUCAUUUAGGAAGUGUAAUGGUAGAGGAGAUAAAUAGUCACUUGGUUGCUACUAACAUGCCCUUUAACAUUAUUAAGACCAAAAUGAUACAUUUUCAGUUUAACAGUUUAUUCCGUUCUUGAUUUGGGCAUUAUACUAUUCAGAUAGCUCUGGUGUGGUGUCCAUUCAUUUCAAGCGCUGUCUAUACAGUAUUAGCCAAAAGACUUAUUUUUGAUCAAGUGCUGAUGAGAGAGAAAAGAGAGUGAACUGGUUUGGGUUACAGUGUGUGACAACAGUGAAAUAUUUCAGUCCAUUCUUUGACUUACCUGUCAUACAAAAACAACCAAAACCAUAUGGAAUACCAUUUGAAAACAUUUUGAAAGCGUACUUGAAGAACUUUGUUUUGAUAAGCUUUUUCAACAUAGUAACUCAUGUUAAAGGAGGGACAAUAAUAUAUUGUUAAGCAGCUUCAGCAUUGUAAAAAGCAUACAUGUAAUUCUUCUAGUACUAUUAUCAAUGUCUGUAGAGCUGAUUUGUCCCAUAAACGUGAAAAGUUUUGAAAUUACUCCUGGCUGUAUUUCAACUUUGAUCAUGCAAUAGUUAUACCUUGUGCUUUUUGUAUAAUUUGGGUUGGUCAUAAUGGUUGUAAUUCUGAUGUGUAUACUGACAGAUAAUGGACAAAAUGUCCCCAAUAGCAGCAGCCGCAAUGUGUAGUAGUUUUCUUGUUGUCGGUGUUCACACAUCGACUGUGUAACUGUGGCUUCCUCACUGGCAAGAUAACCACCCUCACGACGGAGAUGUAUUUGAUUCUUACUUUUAUAUUUUGAAUUUUAUAUUUCAUGAUGUUACGAUGCACUGACAACCUUACCUUGCAGAGCACUGUUGAGUUCAUAACGAAACGUUCAAGUUGCCUAACUUCUAGUCUGCUUUUAGUCCUCUCUCUAACACUUUGGAUGUUCAUUGUUUUAAUAAAAAAAAGAUGUUGAAAAAGAAUUUGUACUAUGCUCAAUGUCCUUUUUAUAAUGAAGUUUAACACCGCUUGCUAUCGACCAACAAUGGAAUCAAAAUAUGUGAGUUGAUGAUUUGGAGUGUCUUUUUUUGUUACCGUAAUUGUGUAUUCGUAUUUUCACUAAUUUACGGCACCAAGGAAGUAGCCUAAAACCUGUUUCAAGGGCCAAUGUGUUUGUUUUUGUCUGAUGUGCUUACAUAUUUCAUGCUUCAAAAAUGCUCACAACUCUGUUAAAUAGUGUUCAGGCAUAAAAUACGGUUCAUCUCUGAAAUGAUAGAAU